AUGGGUUCGAUAGGUGCAACAGCCGCACCAACGCGGUUCGAUGAGAAUGUCUGCCCACAAGCGGCUGAAGACCCCCUCUUCGGUCUCAUGGCUGCAUAUAAGAGAGACUCAUUCGAUAAGAAGGUCGACUUGGGUAUUGGAGCAUACAGAGACAACAAUGCUAAACCAUGGGUGCUGCCGGUCGUCAAAAAGGCCGAUGACCUACUCAGAGAAGAUCCCAAUCUCAACCAUGAAUAUCUACCUAUUGCCGGCUUGGUCGACUUCACGAACGCUGCCCAAAAGCUCAUUCUAGGACCAGAAAGCCCGGCGAUCAAGGAUGGUCGAGCCACAUCCUUCCAAACUAUCUCCGGCACUGGUGCAGUCCACCUUGGUGCACUCUUUCUAUCCAAAUUCAGCAAGCAGAAGCCUACCGUAUACCUCUCCAACCCAACAUGGGCAAACCACCACCAGAUCUUCAGUAAUGUUGGCCUGCAGAUCAAGACAUACCCAUACUUUGACAAAAAGACGAAGGGUUUGGACUUUAACGGCAUGAUGGCAGCUAUCAAAGAAGCACCAUCAAACUCAGUCAUUGUCCUGCACCCAUGCGCACACAAUCCAACUGGUGUCGACCCUACCGAAGACCAAUGGAAGCAGAUCGCAGCAUUGAUGAAGGAGCGAGACCUCUUCCCAUUCCUAGAUUGCGCCUACCAGGGUUUCGCCACCGGUUCUUUGUCCCAGGACAACUUUGCAAUCAGAUAUUUCGUCGAGCAAGGCUUCGAGCUUUGCACAUCCCAAUCUUUCGCAAAGAACUUCGGUCUCUAUGGUGAAAGAGCUGGUGUCUUCCACUGGGUAGUGGCCCCCGCUCCUGGUGCUCAGGAUGCUGUCAAGCGACUUGCGUCACAACUAGCUAUUCUGCAACGUUCCGAGAUCUCAAACCCUCCGGCUUACGGUGCGAGAAUUGCAAGCAAGGUUCUCAACGAUCCUAAGCUCUUCGCUGAAUGGGAGGAGGAUCUGCGAACCAUGUCUGGCAGAAUUAUCGAGAUGCGAAAAGCUGUCAAGGCCGAGUUGGAAAAGCUAGAUACUCCUGGCAACUGGGACCACAUCACAUCGCAGAUUGGCAUGUUCAGCUUUACUGGCCUCACCGAACCACAGGUCAAGGCCAUGCAAGAGAAACACCAUGUAUAUAUGACCAAGAAUGGUCGAAUCUCUAUGGCAGGUCUCAACACUGGCAAUGUUCAGUACUUUGCCAAGGCAGUUGACGAUGUCGUAAGAAACGUGUAG